CCCAUGUCCCAAGCAUUCUGGAUAACAGGUCCCAUACCUGUACCUGUAUUCCAUACAGAUUUACACUGUUCCAUAUUAAAUAAGUAGUUCACCUAAAAAAAUCACUUUUAGUAUGAUGUAGACAGCUGGGUUCCAAGACAAUUUGAAAACUUAAUUUUGGAGUUUAGCUUAUUAACCCUAGCAACCAGGCAGCAGAUUUGAAGUGAGAAUGAAAGCAGACUAAUAUAGAAACUGAACAGGGUGAUGGCACAAGGGUAGAUUUGCGGCAUUUUGUUACCCCAAUCAUUUAUUGCCUCAUGAGAGAUAAGACAAAAUGCUACAAAUAUCCCCUUGUGCUAUUAACCUAAAAGGGAUUGUUUGUGUUUUUGUUUAGUUCCUGUAGAAAAUCUAUGGUGCUAUGCAGAACUAUUGCAAUGCAAUAUUGACAAGACUACUAUGUAGUGCUUACCAAAUAUUUUGGCAGGUAUGACUUUGAGGUGUUCAGGCACAUGCGGCAGAUAUUGACUCCAUUUUAGCAAAUAUCCGCUGUCUGUCCCUGCGGCCAGGCCGACACAGUGGUUCCAGGUGCAGGCAAGGAAAAAAGCUGAUGCCAGGGCAGGGGCUAAAACUCAGUCUCUAUUUUUCCUUUGGCCAAGAAUCAGCCCAUGUGGCAUCAGCCUUAAGGUAUGGUGAUCCUAAUUAUGGAAAGAUCCCUUAACAAGAAAGUUCCAGGUACCAAGCAUUCCUGAUAAUAAAUCCUAUAUUACCAAUAGUAUCAGGCUAAUUUAACAUCGGUGUUCCUAUUUAUAUAUAUAUAACACAAACUAAUUAUCCCUACAAUUAUUAGCUUUUUAUACUUCUGCCAAUAUAAUGUUAUUAAACUUUCCUGAACCCAUGCUUAGGUCUCUGUGUCAUAUGCGUGCUGCUCUGUGCUUAGAUUUAUAUGCUUCCUCGUGAAUUCCCUUGGUAUCAUGCUCCAGACAUUGUGCAAUGCCCCGGUUGUUGUUGUCAAGCAAUGCUGUGUAAUGCCUUUCCAUUUAUGUCAUUGCUCUCGUAAGAACUAGUCCCAGCAUUUUAUGAUCCGUGCACUCGAAGAAUCCCUACUGGCUUUGUUAUUAACUCAGAUCCGACAACAAACUGAAUGUUGUCCUUUAACAACGUUAUACCCCAGAGAUAUCAAAACUGCUCUUUCCAGCCCAUUGUUGAAAUGCAGCACAAAAUCAAAGGCUGUCAGGGGGUGCUGUGUGUUUUAGUUUAACAGCAUAUGAAGAGAUAUCCCUGCAAUUUUCUUUGUUACAGUCACUGCGAAAAAAACAUAAAGAAUGAAAUAAAUAAAAUAAAAAUGCCAAGCAAGUCAAUUGAAGCUGAAAAGCACACAUUGCUCAUUUUACAAGUUAUAACUGGCUAUAACUGGCUAAAUCUGUAUAUUUAGAAAUAAUAGAGCAGGCUAAAUCAAUGACUAGUUAUUACUGGCUUAAUCUGAACAAAUCCUCAUAAUUGAAGAUGACUGCAAGCAAUAUUUUUUUCAAUUAACAACAAAUUGUCUUGAAAUGACAAAAAUGGAAUUUAUGUUUAAAGAGAGAGCAGCUGGUAAUAUCUGGAACCCUUUCAGUGCUGUAAAGGCUUGCAUUGCAGAUGCAAAACUGUUAAGAAGGUGUUCCCUCCCCCCCAACAAAAAAAAAAAUAUUCUAAAUAGUUCACAUUUUUUACAGCCUGCUAGAGGCAUUGCUAUUGCCGGUACCCCAGGGGCAGAAACUGCUUUGACUAUGAAAUUUUAAAAGGGAGGACUCAAAUAAGCACUGGGGUUGGCUCAUCAUUUCCCGGAACACAGAGAGGGUGAAAAAAAUCAAACGAGUCAGUGUUGUUAUAGGACAAGUCUGAGGAAAUCUAAACUGGGCUGCUGUGCUCAUCAACUCAUACAGAACAGACAGAUCUCUUAUUCACAGUGUUAUGUCACUUCUGCAACACUUAGCUGACAAGGGCAACUGGAAAUAAUAGAAAAAUGAUAGAUUCAUGUAUAUGAUUUAUACGUAGAAUAAAAUAAGUAACAAAUAACUUUUGAUAAUAUAUUCUUUAUUUUGAAACACUGGAAAAGGAUCCAUUAUCCUAAAACCUUUAUCCAGAAUGUUGUCAAAUAUGGAAAUGCCAUUUCCCAUAGAGUCCUAUACUUAAAAAACAAUUCUUCAUUGUUGACUGAUCAUCAUGGGAGAAUCAUAUGUAUUAUAUGUAUCAUUUAUUUAUUGAUGUUGGGCAUGGAAGUUACUCAGUGUUUCACAAUGGAAGGAUAGAGCAAUUUCUAGGUAUAAGGAUAUACGGUGACCAUUACUAAGGUUUUAUAAUGGCUAUAUGGGGACUACCUUGAUACUAGACAGCAAAUAGUCAGCUAUGGUCUGGGAUUACAGCAGUAAGUGGAUUAAGUGAUAUGUAAAAACAUACAUAUUUGUUAGUGUCAGUUAAGAUUGGUAUUGGGCUUGCUCUGUCAGUUCCCAAAUGUUCUUAUGUAAGCUUUCAUCAGUCAUGUCACACAAGCAAUGAGGCCACUCACUCUACAUUUAAUCAAGGGGUGUGUAUAGAUGUUCUCUUUUGUCAUUUAAAGUCCCCUGUAAUUCUAUAGAUAUUUAUUAUUUUUGCAUAUGGGUAGUUAGAUGCAAUUUUUUAAUGUUUGAUGCAGGCCAAACCACAAGAUUCCUACAAUGCAAUAUAUUCACCUCUCAGUCUGUGGGAUCUUGUGGAUGUUGCUGCCAGUAUGCCAAGGAAGAGCUAUAAAGGCUGAUCGAGUCAAAAAUGAUGCAAAGAUGUUGGCAAGGACCUUGAUAACCAGGAUACAAGAGCACCCGAUCCAGUUCCUUUUCCCCAGCAAUCUGAAAAUCAAUGGUUUGGAUUUUAUCCCAGAUGAGCAGGUACUAGAAAGCCUGGAAAGUAUGGAUGAAACUCUUGAAGUUUUCCAAAAAAUUUUCUCCAGUCUUCCAUUGGAAAAUGUUGAUCAGAUGUUGAGUGACAUGGAGAAUCUCCGCAGUCUCUUACAGUUACUGGGCAACAUUAUGGGAUGUACAACCAGAAAACCCACCCAAUGUGACACUCAGGUGAACCUGACAGAAGAAUAUGCUAAAGCCCCUUAUACUACAGAAAAGGUAGCGCUGGAUCGCCUCCAAAAAUCCCUGCAUAGUAUUGUCAAACACUUGGACCACAUCACUGAUUGCUAACUAAGGCCCUUCUAAUGACAAAAUAACUCUAUUUUUCACUUCUCUAAAAAAAACCCUGGGUCAUUUUAAUGAGGAACUACUGCAAGCCAUAUUUAUUCACAAACUGCAUAAAUAACAGAGGCAAUGUUUACCAGGAGCUAUUUCUCUCUCUUAUUUGUCAGUGAAAACAUGCACAUAGUUAAAGGGAAAAAUUAUAGAAAGCUAUUGUUUCCAACAAGAUAUCGAUGUCAUAGAGUAAAUCUAUAUGUAAGUUAUUGCUAGUCACUAAAUGAAUCAGUAGAUACAAUAAUAACAAUAGCUGCAACAAAAUCUUUUCUAGUUUCCUACAAAUAAGCUUCCCUAUUUGUACUGUAUACUGCACACUACAGAAUAUUUUAAAUAUUUUUGAUAACUGUAUGGACAUGACUUGCACUAGUCAGCGAACAGUAAAUAAUGUAACUCCAAGAUAUAUCUAUAGUAGAGAGGUUUUGCCAUGGCAAUAAACAGCUUUGUGUUUGGUACCACCCAGCCUAAAAUGAGGUCAUGCUGUAAAUGACAGCCUUAGCUGUGUCUUUAGUUUGUAAAGGAAUAUGGCAUAUUUUAAAGAUAUUUUUAUAUUUAAAUGUUUUCUUAAACUUGAAUAUUUUAGCUAAAGUGGGCAGCUGUUACUGUUAUUUACUAUGCACAAAAAUCACCGUUAUAAAUAUUUAUUUAUUUAUCCUAUGUUUUAAAAUAAACUUUUGUAAG